ACCACGGUUUUCACAUACACCCCUUGCCCCCUCCACCCGCCUCCUGCCCAGCGAGAAAAAAAGAAAGUUAAACUUAUUUUUUUCCUUCCGUCUUGUCUUUUUCCUCCUAGAUACAGCGGUGGGAACGCCAAGAAGUCCAUUGAUUUCAACAUCCGCGCAAUGAGAGCUGACGACCUUCCUAAACUGCACGCCCUUCUGGCGGAGAACCAGUGGAACAUGGAGAUGGAUUAUCUCUCUUGUGUCUUCUCCGCUGAUCCGUCCGGUCUUCUAGUCGUGGAAGAUGAGGAGGAGAAUAUUAUAGGUCACAACGGAAUCCUCAGUCACGGUGAUCACGUGGCCUCCUCGGGGAUGAACAUUGUCAAGGACGGGUACAGGGAGCUGGGCAUCGGCCGGCAGCUCUUUCGCCGGGUCAUGGAGGUUAUGAGAGAAAGAAACGUUGGUGGCACUGCCUUGUCCAAUCGCAUCACGUUCUACGAGCAGUUCGGCUGGAUCUAUCCGUCCUUCACCUUGCACUAUAACCAGGGCAAGGUCAACCCAGAGUUCACCGCGCGUCCGGCGACGGGCGAUUUCGAGGUGACGUCGCUGGUCAAUGUAAGCUUUGAGGAUGUGCUCAACUAUGAUGCUGGGAUACAUACUGUGCCAAGACGGAGGUUUGUAUGUGUCAUGUGUGUGUGUGUGUUUGUCAGGGCACAGCUUCCCUUCAGGCUUUGUUUUCCCAGCGAGCUCAUCAGCCGGCUCAAUGCUCUUGACUCAAGCAUGGCCGGGGUGAAGAUCCACGUGAUAUUUUUCAGUGUUGUCUUCCUCAGGAGCUCUGUCUAUUUAGCUCUAAUGUUCCCACUUUCAAUCUUCCUCAGCGUGCUCUGA